AUGAAUCAUUCAGUCAUAUUGCGACAGGUGCUCAUCAAGAGAUCUCAGCAAAAAAGAAGAACUUCUCCAGCCAACUUCAAGUCACGGGUCUUCAUCCUUACUCCAAGCUCACUCAACUACUAUGAACACCGAAAUGGGAAAGUACGGAGCCUCAAAGGUUUUGUUGAAGUGGCUCGGAUUAAAUGUGUUGAGAUUGUCACCACUGACGUCAGCAUUGCCUGCAAGAACAAGUACGCCUUUCAGGUCCUUCAUGAGAAUUAUUUUCUGUAUAUCUUCGCUCCAGACAAAGAAAGUCGGCAGCAGUGGGUGCUAGCUUUGAAAGAAGUGACCAAGAACAAUGAGUGCCUCAUUCCCAAGUACCACCCCAACUUCUGGGUGGAGGGUCGGUGGAGAUGUUGCUGCCAACCAGAGAAGAUGGCAGCGGGGUGCUCUUUAUACGACCCCAGCAUUGGCUGGAAACCUCUGCCUCCCACCCCAGACGACAACAGGGUGAGUGUUUUCAUCAACUUAGAGCCUGGCUGGUCCCUGGCAUUAUACGAUUACACGACAGAAAAUUCGGCAGAGCUGGCACUCCGCAGAGGAGAAGAAUAUCUGUUACUGGACACUUCUGAACCAAACUGGUGGAAAGUAAAGGAUAAGAAUGGGCAUGCGGGUUAUGCUCCAAGCAGCUAUUUGGCAAAGCAAAGUGAAGAUAGUCUCCUGGCCUAUGAAUGGUACAACAGAAAUAUUAGCAGGAACCAAGCUGAAAGGCUUCUGAUUGAUCAGGGAAAAGAAGGUGCUUUUAUGGUGCGGGACUCAAGACAGCCAGGAGUGUACACUGUAUCCAUAUUCACUAAGUCGCUAGGAGAAGGAAUUCACACAGUGAAGCAUUAUCAUAUCCAGCAAACAAAUGACUCUCCUCAGAAAUACUAUGUGGCUGAGAAGUUUCUGUUUCCAACUAUACCCCAACUCAUCAACUACCACCACCACAACGCAGGGGGUCUGGUGUCACGGCUCCGAUUUCCUGUCUGUUGCUGGAAGGAGAAAACCCCUGUCACAGCUGGACUGAGCUAUGGUAAAUGGGAGAUUGAUCCCACCCACCUGACGUUCAUUCAGGAGAUUGGCAGUGGACAGUUCGGAGUGGUAAAGCUGGCAUCUUGGCAAGGGACCAGAAAAGUUGCUGUGAAGAUGAUUCGGGAAGGGAUGAUGUCAGAUGAAGACUUUGUGGAGGAAGCGCAAGUUUUGAUGAAAAUGUGUCACCCAAAACUUGUGCAGCUACUUGGUGUAUACACCCAACAAAUGCCAAUCUUUCUUGUGUUUGAGUAUAUGGAACAUGGCAGUCUGAAUGAUUACCUGCGCAGGAACAAGGGGACACUGUCAAGGAGUGUAGCUCUCGGGAUGUGCCAGGAUGUCUGCGAGGGCAUGGAAUAUCUGGAGGCUUCUAAUUUUAUUCACAGAGACCUAGCUGCACGGAACUGUCUGGUUGGAGAGUCGUUGGUGGUUAAAGUGUCAGAUUUUGGCAUGACCAGAUUUGUGCUAGAUGACCAGUACACCAGCUCAUCAGGCAGUAAAUUUCCAGUCAAAUGGUCAGCUCUAGAGGUCUUCCAGUAUGCACGCUACAGCAGCAAAUCAGACGUGUGGGCUUAUGGUGUGCUGGUUUGGGAAAUAUUCAGUGAAGGAAAGACACCUUUCGAACACCUUAGCAAUGCAGACACUGUGAAGGAAGUAUCAUCUGGACUGAGACUCUUCAAGCCUAAACUGGCCACAGAAAAAGCGUACCAUCUCAUGCUCAGCUGCUGGCAGGAGAAAGCAGACAUGCGUCCAUGCUUCAGCCGACUUAUGAGAGAGAUCACAGACCUUGUGGAAUCUGAAUUGUGACCAGACUGAGGAUGUUGG